AUGGGCGGUCGCGAGGUGGAGGACUACCGUCGCCACGAGGUCGGGUUCGUCUGGCAGCAGACGAGCCGCAACCUGUUCCCCUAUUUGAGCGCCGUCGAGAACGUCGCCCUGCCGAUGAUGCUGACAAACAUCUCGCCGAAGGAGCGGCAGGAACGGUCGGUUGACCUGCUCAAUCUCAUGGGCCUCGGCCACCGAUUGGACCAUACGCCGGAGCGGCUGUCGGGCGGUGAGCAGCAGAGGGUCGCCAUAGCGGUCGCAUUGGCCAACCACCCGCCCCUUCUCCUCGCGGACGAGCCGACGGGAGAGCUCGACGACGCGACGGCAAGCGAGAUACUCGACCUGUUCGGUUCGGUCAACACCGAGCUUGGGACGACAAUCGUGGUCGUUACUCACGACAGGGACAUCGCCUACAAGGUCGGGCGAGUGGUGUUGAUUCGCGACGGCAAGACCUCGACCGAGAUCCGCCGCGCACACACGUACGAGCGUCAGAUUACGGGUCAAGUGGAUGUCGACACGCCGCUUGAAGAGUACACCCUCGUCGACGGGGCCGGGCGAGUCCAGUUGCCCCGCGAGUAUCUCGACGAGGUCAAGAUCCGUGAUCGGGCGCGGGUGACGGUGGAGGACGGCAAGGUUACCAUCGUCUCCGGAGAGGAAUGA